AUGGUGGUGGGGGUCCAAGAUCAGAAGAUCUUGGAAAGUGAGCGUUUCAGGCUUUGUCGCUUGGAUUUGGAACGGGAUACAGGACGGGGUUCUUUGAUUUUGGGAGGUGGUGUGGUGAUGGCCUCGACAGGAAUGGCGACUGUUGAGACACCGCCGUACAUAAACAAUGCCGUAUCAACCUGGAAUGCACUCCAAGUCCAGCUGGCCCGCGGCAGUCUCAUCACUCAAAUGAUGAACGAUAAUUGA